AUGGAGGGUAUCAUUGAAACAAAGGAACACUUGUGCUAUCCAGUGAUUAGCGAAGCACCAUCCUAUCCACAAAUUAUGCAAAAUACAAGACCAAAGGAAUUGGGAUAUGUUGGUUUGUGGACUCUUGGAUCUGGUAUUUUUGGAUAUGCUAGAGGAGGACCAGGUAGAAUGUCUGCCGCUUUGGUUGCUUCAAGUGUUUCUCUCUUUGGUGGUUUGUGGAUUACUCAAGCUAACUCUUUUUUACGUUUGAAAGGAUACAAGGAAAAUAGAGAAGAAAUGAUUAACGCUAAAAUCAUUGAUCCAUCUGCUAAUAAGAGUCUCGUCAGAGUUGUCAGAAGAAGACCAUUGAUGAAUUAA